AAGACUCGGGCUUCCAAGAAUUAUUUUUGUCUCAGUUAUUUUGUCAAAAGCGAGAAAACAGCACUUAUUAAUGGCCGACCCUCUGCAGAAGCCCAUAAAGCAAACUUAACAGCCAGCAGCGAAGUACAAUCAAAAUAUAUUUUACUCAGUAAGCCAGAAAAGUAUGUGCAUAUGUUUCUGUUUCAUAGGUACCAGUUUCUUUUUUCUGCCAGCGUAUAUGGAGGGAGCUUUAUUGAGCUUCCCCAGAGAUUGAAGGCUGGCAUUGAAAAGGUGCUUUUAAAGGAGAGACGAUCAGUGCGAUUUUAUAUUAGAAGCACGCAUAGACCAAUGUCUAAAAGAGAAAUGGAGUUAAGAACUCCAAGUGAACAUUUUCAGCAACAAGAAAAGACAUUUAUUAACUCUGUUUGUACUGACGCACUUUUGCAGUCUGAAAAAGAUAUAUAUUGUGAUUGGCAGGACAAGUUCUCAAAGAUUCGUAAUUAUCAUGAAGCAAUAUUUGUCUUGGGACCAAUGGGGUCUGGAAAGACUAGCACCAUUAACAAUGAACUUAAAAGUCAUAAAUUAUACAGUAAAUAUGCAUAUGUUGACACAGAUGAAAUUAUGGAACUGUUACAUGGAUUUAAAGAAAAUUCAGUGGAUAUAUUUUAUCCUAUUGCGAGGAGAAUAGCAAUUAAAUUAACAGACUGGUUGCUUGAAGAAAGGAUAAGCUUUGUGGCAGAAGGAACUUGUGUUAAACAUCUUGAACUGGAGGAAUACAUGUCUAGGUUAAAAGAGAAACAUUAUAAAAUAAGAGUUAAAAGAAUUGAUGGCAUUUCUUGUGAAUUAGCUGUUCAACGUUCUCGAAAUCGCUCUCGUCGAAGGCUUCCUGAUGAAGUUGUUAAGAAUAUUUAUAUCAAUUCAAUAGAAGGAAUUUUUAAAUUGUACGAAUUAAAUGCUACAAAGAAUUUUUUUAUGGAAUUUUAGCACAGUUUUAGUUAUUAUAAUAUUGAAGUACGCGAGUGUAUGCUAAAAAGUUACCUUUAUGGAAUACUUAAAUCCUCAACUAGAUUUUUAAUCUUGAAAUAUGGUGCUUAUUUUUCAUUUUUAUAUGUUUUCCACUUUCCAUCAACAGGGUUGUCAUGUCUUUCAGAAUCUCUCUAAAAUUUUGAAAUUUAACUUUAUUUCUUUGACUACUUUUUUCUAAAAAAAUUUAAUCUCAACGUUCAACUCCCAAAAGAUGUGGCAGUUAUAGCUUUCUUUUUUCAAAGAUAGAUAUAAAUAGUUGGUUAUUUCCAAUUGGGGAAGGGGGCAACAAAUGGACAAAAAGUUGUAAACUGUGGUUUACAUCUGAACUAAGUAAAACAAAAAUAUUUCCAGAAAAAAAUUAACGUUAGUUUGUGAUACAGAGUUUUCGACAAAAUACAGCUGGUGUUGCUUUUAUUUCAUCAAACGUAUUAGGAAAAAUUUUCAGAAAUCAUUGCUAUAUGAAGAAAUUACAAUCUUUGAUGAUAUUAUGCAAUUUAAUAAAAAAUGAAA